AUGGCGUGUAUUCCGGCCAAAUACCACGAUUCCAGUGUUGUUAUCGCUCGUAGACACCAAAGCACAUCAAAGUGUUUCAAGAUUGAUCAAGAAGCACAUGUAAACGAUCCUGAUUAUAGCCCUCUGAUGUUCCGAUGCGAUUGUGUUUCGUCUCAAUCAAAGAUUUCAGGUUUGUACCUUUUUCAUCUUUUUGGCUUUUACUCUUCUUCUGCAAUUCUGCAAAGUCGUAAUUCUGAGCCUUCUUGUACCUCUUGGUUUCUGAAUCGCGUAUACUUGCUGGAGAAGGUUGAUGAAUACGAAGCGGCUACGACGAGUUUGUUCUUGGCGUUGAAGAAUGUUGCAACAAAAUUGAUGAAGCAUGAACGUGAGACGAGCAAAGAGAAGGUUAAAGAUUCUUCUGCAGAAUUCCAUAUUGAUGAAGUAGAUGGAGAUACUUUUAGAAUUGUGCCGCCAGAGAAGAGAUCUUUUGGAAGUUGGUUACCAGUUUGUUAUAGUUGGUUAUGGAAGUUAGAGGGUUGGUUAUGA